GGGAAGGAUGAACAGGGAGGCAGGACGCCAGCAGCUGUGUGAGUGAGUAACAGCAGCAGCCAGGCAGAGCGGCGCUGGGACUGUAUGGAGACAGACAGGAUGAUAUUAUUAUUGUAAGUUUCUGUCUUUGCUGUAUAUUCACCAGGCUGGAAGUUUUUUCUAUUUUUAUGUAUUUGUUUUUAUUCCAAUUUUUAAGCAUUUUCGACAACAGUGUUUUUGGCAUAUGAGAUGCAACUCUAGAUACUUUUGAAGGAAAUUUGGACUUUAUCAUUACAUUAUCAUCUCAGAGAGGUUCUUUAUUUAAUCUAACAUCUCUUCAAUGUUAGUUUUUUAAAAAAAAGGACAUUUUUCAUUGCAAUUGAAAACAAAAACAAAAAUGUCUGUUUAGCCAGUAUAGGAGAGAUAUUUGUUACUUCGCACCAUGAUGCUGCUGGCUCUGCUUCUGGUUCUGAGUCUUUGCUCUGAGACUCUGUCCUCUGAGUCGUCAUCAAUAACCGUCCAGUACCGGGUUUGGGAGGAGCAGCCUGCGGGAACCCGGGUCGGCAGCCUGGUGGACGACCUGCGGCAGAGGGACGAAGGUGGCUUACUGGAGGAUUUCCAGGUGGUGGAGCAGGGUAAGGCCCUUCCUUUCUCCGUCACCGGCCGGGACGGGGUUGUCUCCACCCAAGGCCAGCUGGACAGGGAGGAGCUGUGCCGCGGCUCGGACCUGUGCGAGGUGGCCUUCAGCGUCCUGUACAGGAAAAGCGGCGCCGUGAACUGCCUGCGCGUUCGUGUGGAGGUGAUGGACCUGAACGACCACAGUCCCAAUUUCUCCAGCAUUAUGCAGGAAGUGGAGAUUUCAGAGACCGCCAGCCUCCGGAUGCGUAUCCCUUUGGACCGGGCGGUUGAUCCCGAUGCAGGGUCCAAUGGCCUCCAAACGUACACACUAUCUCACAACCCACACUUUGCCCUGGAUGUGAUGGUUGGUCCGGGUGGGACCAAACAGCCAGAGCUGGUGGUUAUGAAGGAACUGGACAGGGAGGUUCAGGCAUCCUUUGAACUCACCCUGGUGGCGUCAGAUAAAGGAAACCCACCAAUGUCCGGGAGCACGUUAGUUCAUGUUAAAAUCCAGGACUCGAACGACAACAGUCCUACAUUUGAAGAUGGCAGUCCCACUGUGACAUUAAGUGAGGACACAGCCAUUGGUACAACCAUCAUCAACCUCAAGGCUUCUGACCCAGACCAGGGAGCCAAUGGGGAGGUGGAGUACUUGCUCAGCAAGCACACGCGCCCAGAGGUUCAAAAGCUCUUUCACGUCGAUCCACAAACUGGGGAUGUGAUCGUAAAGGCACAUCUGGAUUAUGAGGUUGCACCAUCCUAUGAGGUGAUCAUACAGGCCAUUGAUCGUGGUCCCAACGCCAUCCCUGCUCACUGUAAACUGCAUGUCGACCUCAUCGAUGUAAACGAUAACGCGCCAAGGAUUCACACAACCUGGAUUUCACGAAGCUCAGCUGCUGCGACUGUGCUGGAGGGAGCAGAGGUCGGCACCUUCCUAGCUCUGGUGGUUGUUUACGAUGCCGAUUCAGAUAGAAAUGGACAAGUAAGCGCUGUCAUUAAGGAUGGAUCUGGUCCCUUCCAUCUUAGAAAGACCCAUGACGGCAAUUACAUGAUCGAAACCAGUGGCUACCUGGAUCGAGAGAAGGUUAUGAGUUAUAACAUCACCCUACUUGCUCAGGAUCAUGGAGCUCCCUCCCUGUCUUCUGUAAAACACCUACCGGUUUCUGUUUUGGAUGAGAAUGACAAUGUACCGGUGUUCUCUACCUCCAAAUAUAGCGCUUCCUUCAAGGAGAACAGCAUUGUAGGCUAUGAGGUUCUCCAGGUUGAAGCCCAUGAUGACGACCUGGAGUUUAACGGAAGAGUUUCAUACUUCAUCAACGGUCCCACCGACCAGGAGACCAGAACACGACCUUUUAGCAUCCAUCAAAGAACUGGCGUCAUAACGGUCCAGCACCCACUGGACUACGAGGAAUCCCAAACCUACUCAUUCACCGUGGAGGCAGUGGAUCAUGGACACCCCCCACUGACUGCCACGGCCACCGUGCAGAUUGACGUUGAGGAUGUAAAUGACAACUACCCAGUCAUCAAUGAACCAAAGCCAAGGAAAGGUGUGGGUUACAUAAGUGUUCCUGUCAGUGCAUACAAGGGAGAGAUUGUGACGGAGCUUGGGAAUGAAAUCGAAGAUGGACUCACCACGUUGCCAUUUAAUCAGUCUGUCAGAGAUGGACUCAGUGGAUUUCUUGCAUCCACAAUAAAGGCUGAAGAUUUGGACUCAGGACUUAAUGGAAAACUCCAGUACCUCAUCACUGACAGAAACCAGCAUGGCCUCUUCUGGAUGGAUCAAGAUACAGGUCAGCUGUUCGUCAACACCACCAAUGCCACCGAGCUCAUUGGGAGAACCUAUGACAUGGAAGUGACUAUUUCCGACAUGGGCACUCCCAGCAUGGCCACCAAAAUGACUCUGGAGGUGACUUUCAUCAACCUCAAGGAUCAUCUGAAGAACUCCUCACCAGGAAAUCGAGGACAGCUCAGCUUCACCAUGAUGAUGGCAAUCUGCCUUGGUGCCACAUGCCUCCUUCUUCUACUGGCCAUUGCCUUGGUGACAACGUUCUGCCGUCCGGAGAAACGGGAGAACCGGGCUUACAACUGCAGACAGGCUGAGUCCAGCUACACCCGCCAUCCACGCCGCCCACAGAAGAACAUCAGAAAGUCUGACAUCCAGCUGAUUCCCGUCAUCCGAGGGCGAAAGGAGGAGCCUCCCGAGGAUGACAGCGAAGCCCAGCCACUCACUCCACCUUCAAUGCCGGAGGAUCAACAAACGGAGAGGCAGUACAACUUCAUACCCUCAAUCAUGAACGCUAGUUUCCAUUCCCAGAGCUACCUGGACGGGGAUACCAAUCCAACUUUCACCCAUCACAGCAAAACACUCCGAAAACCUGGAAACAUCGAACUCGAUGGGUCUUUGUCUCUGACGCCAUCUUCGUCAUAUCACACUCUUCGCAAAUCCAGAAACCCUUCAUCUUCGUCCUCUUCGGUCUCACAUUCGAGCACCUUGAAACGCCAUAAGCUGCAACCAGAAGGAGAAGAAACGGAGUCGCAACGUUCCACAUCUCAGACGACACUCAGGAGGCCGAAGACAGCGGAUGGUCGUGGAGCACACGAGGCAGAGCGCCGGCAGAUGCUGCGCAACCUGGUUCGACUCUCCAUGGCUGCGUUCGGGGACUCCAUCGAGCUGUCCUCAGCCUCUCCAGAGGUGCAGCAGAUCUCCCAGCUCCUCACCCUCCUCCGGCAGGGCCAGCUGCAGCCAAAGACCAACUUCCGCGGAAACAAGUAUUCACACCGCAAUGGCAGAUAUGGAGGUCAGGACUGCUCGGACUGGCAGAGCACCAAAGACAGCGGGCACGGGGAGAGCGAGGCCGGGGACGUGGACUGGGAACCGGGACGAGACUCGCCCAUAGACCCCCAGCUGGAGGAGGGACUGACCCACCUGCUCAGUAACCCAGACGAUGUUUUCUCGGAGGGCAGCGACCCCGCCUGGAUGGCCAGACUCUCCCUCCCUCUGGCAGCUGAUUACCACGACAACGUGGGGGGGGACGAGCCCCCCCCGCGGGAGGGCCUGGACUCUUCAUCCUCCUUCUCCACCUUUGGUAAAACUCCCGAGAAGGACGGCCAACUGGGCGGAGCCCUGCUUUCCGAAGUUAGCACGCUAUUCGAAAUGCUGAUGACGCAGAAGGCCGACGCCCACCCGGGCCCUUCGCCCGACAUCCUGUACCGACUGUCAGCAGCGUACCGCCGCUCCCUCGGCCUGGACGCCGGCGCCGCGGCUACAGCUACGGCUACGGGCAGCGGCCCCACGAACUCUGACAAGAGGCCCGGCCUGGCCGCGCCCUCUGGACUCUACCAAUAGCUGAGCGCUGGACGUGGCCGAGAGACGGCCGAGCAGUUUCUGUCAGAGAAAACGUUGGGAUAUUAAAGGCAAUGUCUUAUUAAGAUGUGAUUUACAUAUCAGAAGUGUACAUAACGUCGGAGGAAGUGAGGUUCUGGGGACAAAGAGGAGGAGGAGGCAAUAAAAAAGCUGAAGAGAUGGAGAUGGAGUUAAAGCCAAAAGCAACACGGGUUAGUUCUUUUGUGAAGCAUUUAUUAGCAGAAACAAAAUAUAACAUUCAGAAAAUGUCUUUCAAGUGUAAAGAAAGUAAGAAUAUGUUUGUUUUGCAUUAAAAAGGAAAAAAAAAAACAGCAACAAUAGAUGGUUUCAGUCAGCAACUUAUGCCAGUAGAUGUCACUGGAGGUCAGAGCAAGUCAGAGCUAAAAAUAUGAAAGUAUGGACAAAACGUUUAACCAUCUAAACCACAUAUGACAACUAAACCCUGACGACGGAUCGCAGGUUUGCUCUUUUCCAGAAAAGAAACAUAAAAAAAAGAAAACAAGAUAUUGAAUUAUCAGUUCUGCCAGCUCCUUAAAAGUCAAAAUUAUGAAGUUUUUCUUGAACGUUUUCAGCUGUUGCUGUGAAAACUAGGGUUCGAAUGGUUGAUUAACAUAAACAACGGCAAUCUACUGGCUUUACUGGCAUUGCAGACUGAAACUAUGUAUUUUUCUCUGCCAUUUGUGGCAUUUGGACAUUUCAGAACCCAGAAGUAACCUAGUAAUCUCAAGCAUCUGGAUUUUAGCCUCUAAACUCAGCUCAGCAUAGAGGUAUUUAGCAUAUUAAAACACCAUCAUGAGGCUGGACCCUCCCCCUGUCUGUGAUUGGCUGGAGCAACGAUUGUCAUGAUUUGGGUUGGAAAAUACUACUUGUAACAUUGUUUCUGGGCUGAAAACACCACGAAAAAGGUUGAUGAAGCCUAAACUCUGAAUGAAUUAUCUCAUGGGACGUCUUCGAUUAUUGAUCAGACAGAUGGACGGAGCGACGUGAUGGUGAGGUGCAACCAUCGGCGAUCGGAAGUGCUGAUAAUGACAGAAACCUUGUCGAAAUGGUGCGACAUGUCUCAAGUCAGGUUUAACAACAGUUUAAAAGGGAAAGAGUUGAAAUAGAGAAAUGUCUGCAGACUGAAAGCAAAGAAAAAACAGUAUUUGGUGAAUCUGGAAGCUGGGAGCUUGUGUGAGCCGAUCAAUUGCACUGGAACUUUAAAUAUCAAACAAACGAAGCAGAAACGGAGGCAGGAAGCCGUCACCUGCCACCUGUCAGGCCUGAACCACGACCAGGAGGACACGUCCACUUUCCGUUAAGAUGGCAUACAGGCUGAAUGCAGCAAACGUUUUAUUUUACAAUCAGCACUUUGUAUAUAGCAUCGUUUUUUUGUCCCUUUUCAUAUAAAAGCGCUUGGAAUAUGAAAUAAAUUUGUAAAAUGUGUUUAUAAAUAAAUACUUUUUGUAACUUUUUCAA